AUAAUUCAUGUUUACGACAUUAAAACCAGACCAGACCAAAGACAUUAAUAGUUUUACCCCUUUCAAAAAAAAUUCUCUUUGAUCAUUUUCACUUUGAGCGAGGUGAUCAAAAUGGGAAGAACGCCUUGCUGUGACAAGAAAGGUUUGAAGAAAGGUCCAUGGACUCCUGAAGAAGAUGAGAUUCUCGUUGAAUAUAUCAAGCAAAACAGUCACGCAAGCUGGAGAACACUUCCAAAGAAAGCUGGUUUACUUCGCUGUGGAAAGAGUUGUAGACUGAGAUGGACCAACUAUCUAAGACCAGACAUAAAGCGAGGUCCGUUCACUCCAGAGGAGGAGAAACUCGUUGUCCAGCUUCACGCCAUUCUCGGCAACAGGUUGCUUCUACACUCUCCAUAUUCCCUUAAGAAACUCUUUGUUUCGUUGUUUGAAAUGCUCUGUUUUUUUUUUCUUGUCAGGUGGGCUGCUAUAGCAGCACAGCUUCCAGGGAGAACAGACAACGAGAUCAAGAAUUUAUGGAAUACUCACUUAAAGAAACGUCUUCUAAGUAUGGGUCUUCAUCCCAAAACCCAUGAGCCUUUACCUUCAUAUGGGUUAGCGAAACAAGCCCCAGCUUCACCAACAACUCGCCACAUGGCUCAAUGGGAAAGUGCUAGGGUUGAAGCUGAGGCAAGGCUUUCUAGAGAGUCAACGCUUGUUAAAUCUGAUUGUGAUCACUUCUUACGCAUUUGGAACUCUGAGAUUGGUGAAUCUUUCAGAAACAUUGCUCCAUCUGAUCAGUCAACUACUAGUCAAAGCCUUAGCUCUAGGACAACAUCUUCUUCAUCUACACUUGUAGAGAAAGAGAUUGUUGUGAGGACUCAUGGAUCUGAUUCUUCUCCUUGUUGGAAUAAUCUUGAAGAUGUUUCAUCAGACUCUGCUUUUCAACUUCUGCUUGAUUUCCCUAUAAGUGAUGAUGAUAUGAGCUUCUUGGAAGAGAACAUUAGUUUGUUUUAGAACUUGAAUAGUGUCCAUGUUGAUUCUUCUUACUAGUUAGCAAGCAUUCCUCUCUUUAUGUUUUGAUGAUGCUACUAAGAGAAACAACAAUGAACAUAUUUUCCA